CUCUAGCCACUGAGACAGCGUAAUGUGGAUGGAAAUGUAGCCAGUCAGUAGAAGGAAUUUAGCUUGAUCAGUCUGUGUUCACGUGAAUGUCAGAAAAUAGUUGCGACAGUUCUGUUUCUCAAGGCUGUGGAAGUGUUUGGAAAUAGCAAAAAAUGAUACCACCAGAGUCUGAACUGGAAUCUGUAACAAUGUUGCAGGCCUUAAUUUUUGCUAAAGCCUGUUAUUUUAAAAUAUUUUGUGUAUAUUUGAUCUCUUCUGCCUCAGACUAUCCUCAGGAAGACAGGUCAGCAACACACCGUGGCGAUGAAGGGAGGAGGGGAAAUGGAUAGUUACCACUAGACAGUCACAUGCUGCCUGGAUGGGUUUAGUGCAUGGUGAUGUGGGUCUGCAUGCAAAUUUGUGGUGCUUGAUACCAUGGCAAAAGACAGCUCGAACUCAAUUGUUUCAAGCUAUGUCAAUUUAGACGUAGUUUUGUUUCCCCUCUAUUUCUAUUUCAGUUGAUGCACUGCCUACUUAACUUACCGCUCAAUGUCUCUGAACUGGUAUUUGGAAACCAUGAGUUUAUGGAACAUGACUCCUCAUGACAUUAUAUGUAUUUAUUACUUACUGAUUGCUAUAAACAGGCAAGACACUGCUGUAUCUGUUGUUUAAAAUAACACAUCUCUCUUUUUUUUUCUUUCUUCCAGGCAUCUCUGUUGGAGUCUCAUUGACUAGUCUAUUUGAAUGGAUCUUUCCAUUUCCUGGAUGCAUAUAAGCUGCUUUAAACUAGAAAACACUGCUUCUUGUUCAGAAAAAGCUACAUGUGGGCACUCAGUUGUGUCUCAGCAGCUGAGAGGAAGCCCCUCCUUGUCGGUAAGCACCUGUCUAAUACGGUUAUGACUGCAGCUGCACGUGAUGCUUCGAGCAAGCCAGGAGAGCCCUGAAGGAUCGCUAGGAGUCAGAUAUUGAUGUGAAUGAGGAUGGAAAGGCUCAGCUGACUUUAUGAUAAACAAACAUACUGCGUUGCUAGGUGAGCUGUCAAUAUCUGGCCAUUAAAGCUCCAUGUACGGUGACAGUUUUACAGUAAUGCAAGAUGUAAUGUAAUAAUGUCUUACAGUCUUACAAACAUACUGAGCUACAUUCUGCAACGAUACUAGUUCUGAGUACGAAUUAGUUUGGAGACGUUUGCUGUGAAAGGAAGAUGGGGAUGACCAGAAGGACAUUUCUGAUGGAGCUGGCAAGAAGGAAAGGUUUCAGAGUAGAAAGUGAGCUAAGUGACUCUGUCACUCACAUUGUGGCGGAGAACAAUUCCUACCUGGAGGUGCUGGACUGGCUGAGAGGGCAGGCGGUGGGGGACAGCUCCAGAUUUGAGCUCCUGGAUAUCUCCUGGUUCACAGCCUGCAUGGAAGCUGGGAGACCGGUUGCUUCAGAAGUGAAAUAUCGACUCAUGGAACAGCAAGAUCAAUUUCCUACUUUGAACACAUCUGAACCAGAAGUGCCGUCAUUUGCUGCAAACAAAGUAUCUCAAUAUUCAUGUCAGAGGAAGACGACUUUAAAUAACUUCAACAAGAAAUUCACGGAUGCCUUUGAAAUAAUGGCUGAAAACUACGAGUUCAAAGAAAAUGAAAUAUUCUGCCUGGAAUUUCUGAGAGCAGCUUCUGUGCUGAAAUUUCUUCCGUUCCCGGUGGUCAGAAUGAAAGACAUAUGGGGGUUGCCUUGCAUGGGAGACCAAGUCAGAGACAUCAUUGAGGAGAUUAUUGAAGAAGGAGAGAGUUCUAGAGCUAAAGAUGUGUUAAAUGAUGAACGAUAUAAAUCAUUUAAGCAAUUUACUUCAGUCUUUGGAGUGGGAGUGAAGACAUCUGAGAAAUGGUACAGAAUGGGUUUACGGACUCUGGAGGAGGUAAAAGCUGAGAAGACCCUGAAGCUAUCAAAAAUGCAGAAAGUAGGGCUUCUCCACUAUGAAGACCUUGUUAGCUGUGUAUCUAAGGAAGAAGCAGAUGCAGUAGGCUUGAUUGUCAAGAAGACCGUGUGUAUGUUUCUACCAGAUGCUUUAGUUACUGUAACUGGUGGUUUCAGAAGGGGUAAGAAGAUUGGACAUGAUAUAGAUUUUUUGAUCACCAAUCCAGGACCCAGAGAAGAUGAUGACCUUCUGCAUAAAGUUGUUGACUUAUGGAAAAAGCAGGGCUUACUCCUAUAUUGUGAUAUCAUUGAAUCAACAUUUGUAAAAGAGCAGCUACCAAGCAGAAAAGUUGAUGCCAUGGAUAAUUUUCAGAAGUGUUUUGCAAUUUUAAAGUUGUAUCAGCCAAGAGCAGACAACAGGAGUUACAACGCAUCAAAAGAAUUUGAUAUGGCAGAAGUCAAAGACUGGAAGGCAAUCCGUGUGGAUCUGGUCAUCAGCCCCUUCGAGCAAUAUGCGUAUGCUCUGUUAGGCUGGACAGGCUCCAGGCAAUUUGGACGUGAUUUGCGGAGGUAUGCCAAUCAUGAGAAGAAGAUGAUACUGGAUAAUCAUGCCUUAUAUGAUAAGAGAAAGAGGAUCUUUCUCAAAGCUGGAAGUGAGGAAGAAAUCUUUGCACAUCUUGGCUUGGAUUAUGUUGAACCAUGGGAAAGGAAUGCAUAAAACAAUUUGCCAGUGUACAUUCAUCAGUAGAUAGGAAUGAUCUUUGUGCCUAUCUCUCUGUCUGAAUUGGAAAUAUAUGCUACAUGUAUCUCUAUGGCAACUAAAAAAAUUUAAAAAUAUAUUAGUUACAAGCCACUAUACAUGCUGACGUUCCUAGAAAAGAAGAGCUUAAAUUCUUCAGAAUCCUUUUCAGUUUUUUCAGUUUGAAUCUCUGAAGUUUCUACAUUGGAGUCACAAACUAGGGUAGAACUUGAAGAUUAUUUUCAGGGAUAACUUCAAACUGGUGAGAUUUUUUUUGCUUGUGAUAGGAAUUUUAAAUUAUCGUAAAUAAUACUUGCUUGUUAAAAUACUGUCAGCUAAGACAAUACUUAAAUAAUACAAGAUAUUUGGGAUAAAAUUCACAAAAAUACUGAAAUACAUGCUUAACUUUAACCGAAUUUCCUAAGUAUUUUGCUGAAUCCAUAUAUAAAAUUGCUACUGCAUAUAAGACUUAAAGAUCUAGGAAGCAAUUACUCUGGCAUUCUCAGCAAGACGAGACUUCAGCUGUAGUAUUUGUCUAGGUUGAUGCACCAUGCUACAAAAACUGCAAAGAAGUUGGAAAGAAUUCUGAGAGAGUUAGAAAACAUGACAUCUGAAGGGAUUUUGGAAAGAAUAAGUGGAAUAACUUAGUAGCAGUUUGCAACUGUGUGGAAUUUUUUUUUAUAAACUUGAGGUACUAAUUUGGACUAAAGAAGAUUCAGGUUGUGAUGGUCUUUGAUCAAAGAUUUGAAUCAUGACCUACAUCAAAACAACUGCUUUAACUGUGAGGCUGCCUGUGGUCAAUGCUUUUAAUUGUCUGUGCUCAAAUUAGGUAACUGGAAAUUUAGUUAUUUAUUAAUAGCUAAACAUGCAUUGGAAUGGGAAAUUUAACUGAGACAUUUGGCUGUUCUGGAAUGGUAUUUCCUCUUUUUGAUCAGAAAUUAAUCUUGGAUGUGAGACACUUUUUCUGAUGAGAGUACUCCAGUGAGAUGUUCUGGUUUCAGAAAAUUUCCAAGUAGCUCUUGUGACAGCGAUGAUAAUGACCAAUUUGUAAUACAUUUAUCCUUCAAUGAACAAGGGCAUUUAUUGUUUUAAUACAUAGUUAUUUACUGACCAUUCAUUUGUCAUUUGUAGAAUAAAGGUGAUUGGGAAUACCAUGA